CAAUCCGAAAAUCUCUCACUCUCUCCGCCUGUCCCACAAACCAUAUACAUAACUGACUUUCGCAAUCCACAAAUUUCCUUCGAUGAUGCCUUAUUACAAAGCGUUAAACUAGUAUUAGAGAAUUUUAAUAAACUCUCAAGUGACAAGAUCCAAGAUGCAAACAUUCGGAAGCACGUUGGUGGCAUUUUAGAACAAGUUCAUAUAUUUCAGUCCCUGACACUGGACUCGGUCAACCUCUGUAGUCAGAUGGCAAACUAUGCCACCGACUUUAUAGAAUAUUUGCAAAUCCUGAUGGAAGAAGAUGUAUUAUGGGAAGAUUUCAUUGAGGCCAUGAAAUCUCAAAUUCAGUCUGCCACAUCUAAUAGAUCAGGUGCAUCCCGUUUGACCAAAGGAUAUUGUGACAUCUUAUCAUCUUUAAAGAAUAGUAUCAAUGAACUUGAAGAUUAUACGAAUUAUAUGGGUUUAGAAAAAAAACUGGAACAAAAUGUUGAGCAUUUAAAGAAAGAACAGAUGACACAUACUUGGGCUGCAGUGGGCACUGGAAUUACUACCGGGGCAGCUAUAGUUGCUGCUCCAUUCACUGGUGGGGCAUCACUUGCUGUCGUUGGUGCCUUGGGACUUACAUCUGCUGGUGCGAUGAUAGGCACGUCCGUAAAUAGUGUUAAAUUCGGAGAACAAGCAAAAUUAUCUGAAAGCGAGCUGAGACAAAUAAUUGAAAUCCGUGAAAACAUUGGGAUCGUGAUGACCGAACUCGUAAUCAUAAUUGAUAAAUUUAGCGGAUUUGAUGAGUUUUUCAGGUUGGAGAUAGAGGAUAUCAAUAGGAUUACUGAGAAGUAUACGCCAGAUGGAGACAAUGUUAAUUUCAGAAUUUCGAGGAUGAAGAAUACAUCCAUGAAAAGACAGUGGUCACGAGUAUGUGAUGUAUUUCAGGCGUACGUGAGUCAAGUACAACCAUUGGUGAAACUUUAG